AAACAACACCAUUGCCACCAUUCAGUGUUUGUCGCCUUUCCCGGUCACCCUCUUUUUUUUCACCGUUGUCACUCGUUUCGACUUUGUAUUCUCAAUCGCGCUCACUUUUGGGGGCAUUUUCUCUCAUUUUGGACCACCGUUUACAUUUGACUUAAACCUCCCUAUUAUCGACUUUCUCCUGAACAGUACACGUUCGAGUGAGGGGUUGAACAUGGCGGGCGACGACAGCUCGGCCACGGAACCGAAGAUCGGAGAGUCGAGUCGGGUUCAGGAGAACGCUCACAGUGAAAAUGGGGGGGAUCAACGGCAACCCGAACGUGGAGUUCAAGAGGAUACCGAAACGCAGCCAUCGCCCCCGCUACCACCGAGACCCUUGCCCGCCGCACAUCAAGAGCUGUUAAAACAUCAACAUCAGCCUCCUCUUCCUCCACCGCACGCCGCCCAAUUUGCCCAUCUGCCAGUCGAACAGCCCUAUGAUGAGCGCGGACCGGAGCGCCCAUAUUACCCCCGCUGGCACAAGACGAAACUGGCAUUGCUUCUUCUCUCUUUGGUGGUUUCCGCCGUGAUAUUUGGCGUUGGCAUCGCCCUUGGCUUCCACAACGCUCCUUAUUAUCGGGCCUAUUAUUACACGGUCCCGAUCGACUACGAACUGGGUCUCUCCGGCACUACGGCCGGCCUUGCGGUUGUUGUUACCGUCAUCGAGUUCCUGAAGACCAUGUUUUCCCACCGGCGCCAGGGCAUGCAUCCUGGCGCCCUCGUCGCUUUCCACCUCAUCAUCUGGCUGAUGGCUGUCGCAGCCGUCGUCCUGACCGGCCUGUUCGCGGAGUCCUACGCUUCCGACUGGUACGAUUACCCACGCGCCGACCGCAUCGUCCUGCACAGCCAGAGCCAGGUUUAUGAGCAAGUCCUGAUGGGGUUCGUUGCUGCGCUCCUGUUUAUCCAUUUUGUCCUGUUCAUCGGCGCUUGCGUGGAAACAAAUCGGGCCGAGAGAGCGAAUAAGGAGGUGGUCGUGGUGAGGGUGCCGGUCCAGGUCGGUGCUGGUUACCAGGGGGCAGGGGGGCACUAUCCCGUCUACGGACCGCCGGGCGCGUACCCGGCGCCGUUCCCGGCCGCACAGAUGACGCAAAUACCGACGGCUGCAGGUGCCGGAACGGGCCCUGCCCCUCCUCAACCGGCGGCUUUGUAUGCCGGAUACUACGCGCCCACACCCGAAAACGCAGCCUCGCAACGCCAAAGCCACCAUGGUCCGAUUCAAGGAUACUACACACCAGCCCCGGCUCCUACGACAGCCGCCCCUCGCGAACAGCCCCGGGCCUCGGCGCCUGCACGGCCAGCCCCCAGUUCCAGCUAAGCAACAACCUUUUUCUCGGCGCCACCGAUAGAGCCACAGCAAAACAGGGAGGAUGCCAAGCCUAGUGUGGGAAAAGGGCAUAAUUUGGGGGGGCUCGUUUGUCCAUAGUUGAUUGGGAUAGCAAUCUUGAAACGGCAGCUAGGAAACAGCGGGCGCGAUGGCGUUCUUAGAUUGGGGGUAUGCGUCUUAUGUAAACUCUAAUGUAAUCACGACGGCUUUGAGGUUCGAAGUGGCAGGCAA